AUGGACAUGAAAAAAACAGUACUUAAUAUACUAACUGGCCGAUGGAUCACCCCAAAGCUAUCCCAAAAGUUGAUUCGUGAAGGUUAUAAAUAUGUUGAUAGACUUUCGGAUUAUUUAGAAAAUAUUGGGACUAUGUAUAUCGGAGAAUUUGAAUUAGAUCCCCUAGCUGACUUCUACUAUCCAGCCUUAAUUCCGCCUUUAUCUGUCUUAGCAAUUAGAGCAGAUAUUUGUGAAAAAUUUAUUAUUAGUGUGGAGUCUGCUGUUAUGGGAGGAAUGA